AUGGAUCGUACUUGGAUGUAUAAUAGAGCAUAUUCCGAUAGACACAGAUUGAAAGAAGAGUUUGUUCGUGGGGUUAAAAAGUUUGUAAAGAAGGCUUUGAAUCAACCCAUUUGGAAAUCUGAGGGAGGGAUAAGGUGUUCGUGCAUAAAUUGCAAGUGUUGUAAGAUAAGUACAACAACUAAUGUAAGACCUCACUUAUAUCGAGAUGGAUUUCAACUAGACUAUUGGAUUUGGACUCAACAUGGAGAAGUGGAGCUCAAUAUUGAUACAAGGGGUGGCUCAAAUAGUAGUGAACAUGUGCGUCAAGCUGACCAGUUUGAGGCAAUGUAUCAAAUGGUGUAUGAUGCAUUUAGGCCUCAUGGAGGUUUCUCUCACGCGAAUGAUAACAUGGAACAAGAGGAAUUUUUGGAGGAUGAGUUUCCUAACGAAGAAGCUAAACAGUUUUAUGACAAGUUGAUAUCUUUCAAUAUUGUGAGGAUAAGUUUAAAAUAUUUAUUCAAUAUUGUAACAGGCUUCAACAUUAUCAUUGGUUUCAACAUUAUAUCAUAUGACAUCUUUGGUUUCAUUCAAUAUUGUAGGCUUGUUCCGGUCAAAGAAGUAGCAAAUGCCAUUAAUUAUGCGAUACACAAACAAUUUUAUAGGGGUUUCUAUAAUUGGACAGCAGUUUCCGCUGAUGUCAAAGAAAAAUGGUUUGCUCUUUUUGCGGACAAGGUUUCAUGGGAUCCUCAAUGUGAGAUGUUUGUCAGGAAAACCUUUUAUUCAAAGGAAGCCAUUCGACUAAAUGACAUAAUGAGGAAGGUGAGGUUAAAAGGGACUCGUCCUUCAUGGAUUGGUGAGGAUUCCUGGAAUGAGCUUGAAACUUAUUGGAAGAGUGAUUCGUGCUUGAAAUUGUCCUCUCAAAACAAGGCCAAUCGAAGUUCAGCAAGAGGAUGA